AUGAGGGAGGAAUUAAGCAACACUUUUCCACUUUUCAUCAAUAAAAUAACACCUGGAGGGAUGGAUAUGAUCUUGUUACAACAAUUUGAUGAUUUGAUUGAACAUUCGCCCAGGGUUAUAUUAAAGGAUUGCGAUUAUAUUUACGCUUCGAAGACUAAUGAGAUCUAUGCAGUUUUUAUCAGCUCACAUCCAACAUUAUCAUUAAGUUAA